UGGCCGUUAAGCGCAAGCAGUGUGCAAGUGCAACCCGCUUCCCUUCGUCCUCUUCCACCUUCCUCGCGGCUCCUUCCAUCGGCGGGCCAUAAACACACGCGACGACACGAGGACGGACCUCGAUGACCAUGUGAUUGUCAAGUGAAGCAAGCGAACGACGACGAGCCGCAGCCGCCUCUGCUUUUCCUCUCGAUCACUUGCAGCACCCGCCGCCGCCGCCGGCGUGAUACUUUUCUUUCUCCCCCCUCCUUUUUCUCGUGGUGUUGCACCCAGCAGGCCAGCACCCGUGAGCAUUUUCCGGGGGGCUGGUGUGUGUGUGUGCGCACACGGAUGGGGAGGAGCGGCCGUGGCGGCAUGUCGACGGCGACGCUGCUGGGGGUCUCCUUCCUCUGCGUGCUUGUCAUCGGGAACUCUGAAUCUGCCUCGGAUGACGUAUCUGCGCUUCUUGCGUUCAAGAGAGCCAUCUACGAGGACCCUCUGUCCAAGCUGUCGGAUUGGAACUCCAAGGACAAGGAUCCCUGCGCCUGGUCCGGUGUGGGGUGCUCGCCGUUCAACAACCGCGUGGUCACGCUUGAGCUGUCAAAUUCAUCUCUCCAAGGAUUUUUGGCACCACAGAUCGGAUCCCUAAGAUCUUUGCAAACUCUCAUGCUGGAUCACAAUACAUUCGUGGGCUCAAUACCAAAAGACAUCGGCAUGCUAAAGAAUCUGAUUGAGCUGAACCUUAGCUCCAACCAACUUGCAGGGCCUAUACCCAGUGAGAUUGGUGACAUGGCAAAGAUCACGAAAAUAGACCUUCAUGCAAAUCGGUUGGAUGGCACUAUCCCUCCUGAGCUUGGCAAGUUGGGAAGCCUCCUUGAGCUACGUUUGAGUAAUAACAGCCUUACAGGCAUUAUUCCUGCAAGUAAUGAUUCAGACAUGGGAUCUGUCAACAGCAAUGAUCAAAUUGGAUUGUGUCAGCUAUCUCCGCUAACCAAUAUUGAUCUCUCGUAUAACUUUUUGGUUGGAGAUAUUCCUUCAUGCUUACAGCAAAUCCAAAGGUACACCUUCGCCUUUUGUGACUUAAAAGUUUCAGUUGUCUUCCUGCACUUACCUGUUUUACAGUAUUUGAACAGAUCAAGCUUGGUGGGGAAUUGCUUCCAGAACAACACAUCAAACCGUCCACUACAGCAAUGUGAUACUAAUCAGGACAGAGGUGAAGACAAUGGUGCUGAUGAGAAUGCGCAGAAAGGCCUGCCAGAGCCACUUUGGCUAUUCAUUCUGGAAGUCAUCGCGGCACUUUCAUUGCUUUGUUUGUUAACACUUUGUACCAUGACUGGCCUCCGAAGGUGCAGAACUAGAUCCUCUGGGUCCGGGACCAGUGUUCCAUGGACAAGAGCUGUAAGCUGGAAGGAGAAUACCGUAAUCUCAAUCGAUGAUGACCUCCUGGUAAAUGUGCCAAAGAUAAGCCGGCAAGAGCUGGCAGAGGCUUGUGAAGACUUCAGCAACAUAAUUGGAUCGUCUCAGGAGACAGUUGUGUACAAGGGAACUCUGAAGGAUGGCCGGGAAAUCGCUGUUGUGUCUCUGACUGUCCCGGUGCAUUACUGGAAUGACUAUGUGGAACUUUACUUUCAGAAGGAGGUGAUAGAAAUGUCCAGACUGAGUCAUGAAAAUGUUGCAAAGAUGGUGGGAUACUGCAAGGAAUCUGAUCCAUUUUCGAGAAUGCUAGUCUUUCAGUAUCCACCUAAUGGGACACUCUACGAGCAUCUGCACGAUGGAGAUGGGUGGCAGCUAUCUUGGCCUAGACGGAUGAAAUUAGCACUGGCCAUCUCGCGGGUUCUCAGAUACUUGCACACCGAGCUGCAACCUCCAUUUGCAGUUGCUGCACUGACGUCUAGUUCAGUUUACCUAACCGAAGACUUCUCCCCAAAGAUAAUCGAUUUCGAGAGGUGGAGAUAUCUUGCGACCAAACCAGGAUUUGCCUCACUGAAUGGCGAGUCUGUCAACAGCAUUACAGAUUCUCGGCAUAAGCGCUUCAUGGACGUCCAGGCCAACACCUAUGCUUUCGGCGUGAUCCUGCUGGAGCUCAUCAGUGGCAGAGCCUCGGUUUCCAAAGAUACAGGGGGCUUAGUGGAUUGGGCAAGAAAGCACCUGGAGCAGCCCGAGGAGUUCAGCAAGCUGGUGGACCCGAGGCUGCAGAGCGUGAACCAGGAGAGCCUGGGCAUCGUCUGCAACGUGGUGAACCUGUGCAUCGACCCGGAGCCGUCGCGGCGGCCGUCCAUGAGCAUGAUCGCGGCCAUCCUGGAGGAAGGCAUCGAGGCGUCGGCGGCCACCAUGCUCAGGAAUUCGUCUCUGGCCUGGGCCGAAGCCGAGCUGGCCAUCUCCUAGAUGCCCUUUGCUCGUUUUGCUGCACUCGCUAGACUGUAUAGUUGCUUGGACAGUGAUGGUUUGACCCAUUGUUACUAGGUUUGGCAUUGUAAUGUUUUUUUUUUCUUUUCUGGAGGGAGAAAAUGGCAGAUAAAUCUGAAUUAAAAAUGACUCAAAUUUGAUUUGAUCAGCACGAAAAGCAGUCUCUUUUUUAUCCUUUCAAA